AUGUUGCAAAAAAUUCGUCAGAGUAUAUGGCGUGAGGUACGACUUCACAUGCAUGCUUCACGGGCUUAUACAGAUGCUCAACUUCGAUCAAGUGAACAAGCUUGCACUGUUGCUGAUGGUGCUAUUGCGCGUAUUGACAUUGCGCAUUUACCUGCUAAUCGUCCUACUGAAGACUAUUACGCAGCUGCUAAAUGUCUUUCAUCUGAAGCUUUUUUGUUUGGUGUAUUUGAUGGACAUGGUGGAGAUGCCUGUAGCCGUUAUAUUUCUACCAGACUUUUCGAUUACAUAUGUAGAUCUUCACUGAAACAGCAUAUUGUCUCGAAUUUACCUGCCAAAGUCAAUUUACAGUGGUACUUCACCAAUGGGGAUUUGUCUGAUGAAAUAUACAGGAAGAUACAUAUGGAAAAUAUAGAUAGAUUCUUAGAAGAAGUAAUGAGCGAUGUAACGAUUAAAACGAUGAGAAGGGCUUUAGAAGUUUCUUUUUCUGCAUGUGAUGACGACUUAUCAAAAAAUGCGUUGUCUGCUGAAAAUGAUGAAUUGUCUAAGAGGUUUGCUGGAAUAGUGACUGCUGGCUCAUGUGCUGUUACUGCGCAUAUCCGUGGUCCAGAUUUACAUGUCGCCAAUUUAGGAGAUAGUGCUGCAGUGCUGGGUUUACGCAGUCAAGGUGUUAUCUCAGCUAUACCUCUCUCUAAGUUACAUUGCGUUGACAAUUCUGACGAGGUACAUCGAAUUCAAACCGCUCAUCCACCGAAUGAAAUAAGGAAUCUGCUACUUGGUGGGCGGCUGUUUGGUGAAUUAUUUCCACUAAGAGCGUUUGGAGAUGCUCGGUACAAAUGGUCUGCUGCUCAACAAAAGAAGGUGCUUGGAGUAGCGGGAAAUUUUUUACCUAAUGGAUUGAACACACCACCGUAUCUUAGCUCUCUUCCUGAAGUGCUAUAUCGUCGACUGACUCCAAGUGACCACUUUUUGAUACUGGCUUCAGAUGGUCUCUGGGACUGCCUUGAUGCUGACACAGUGGUACAGUUAGUAUUUGAUCACACAUUGGGUAUGCAAACUCUAAUUCCGUAUAAACCAUUUACAGGAACCAGAUUAUCUCAGAUCCAUGAGGAUCUAAAGCAGCGAUUAGAUGGGACAAGCAAGAAGCCACUAGACGAAAAUAGUGCAACACAUUUGCUGCGACACGCUCUAGGUGGUGCAGGAGAAGUCUCAACACAGUAUUUGCGACUCAUUGAAAUGUUACAGUUACCACCUGGUGUAGCACGUAAGUACAGAGAUGAUAUCACGAUUAUUGUCAUACAUUUCGACGAAAAGUAUCUUCAGAAAAUGGAAAUACAUGAACCCCCGAAAGGCUAA